CCAAUUAACAGCUGACUUUGAGUUGUCAAAAAUUGACAAUCGCUAUUUUGUGUGCUGUUUUGCUGCUACCAAAGAAUACCAAUUGGACGGGAGCCUCUGUGUUCAUUAACAAACUUUGUAAUUUUAAGUAAAUUGUGUUUGCAUUUUAAAGUAACAACGAGCUUGAAACAAACAUGGGCGGACACGGACACGGUGAACCCUACAAAGUGCCACAUCCAUCUAUUUACAAGGUAGAAAAUAUACCCAAGUUGCGCGAAGUGCAAGAAGCGCUAGCACGUCAAGGAUUGAAGGAUCCAUGGCUGAGGAACGAAGUGUGGCGUUAUGAGCCCAGCAAGAUGGGCACACACGCCAGCCGUGCCCGCGCUUUCUUCCUGCGUGGCCUCCUCUGGGGUUCACUUGCUGCUGCCGUACACAUUGGUUGCGAAUAUGCCUUUAGUUCGAAAGAUGCGCAUGGUCAUGGUCACGGACAUGGUGAUGGUGAACACUCCGAAGGCGCUCAUCAUUAAACACUGCUCGAUAUGGAACAUUCGUCUUUAAUGCUACUUUUAAAUAAAGCAAACAAUUACCAAAUUUGUUUGUUAUUAUCCAUUGUUACACGUUGAUAGCCGGUUAAACAAGUACCAAAUACAGCGUUUAGGAUAAUUAAAAAGGUUG